AUGCUUUUGAAAGCAAUUUUGCUGUUGGGCGGGGUCUCGUGGGUUUCUGGGAAGGUGCAGUAUAUGGGAACAUGCUCAACCGACAGCGCCCAAUCUCCCAUGAGCUCGGAUGCUCUAGAUCAAAUGCAGCACUUCGUGAACGACGACCAGAUGAAUGUCUUCCGCCUUCCCGUCUCGUGGCAGUUCCUGGUGAACAAUGAGAUCGGACGCAAGCUAGACAGCCCAAAUUUUGUUCAAUACGACGAAUUGAUGCAAGCCUGUCUUGGAUUGGGCACCCACUGCGUGAUAGAUAUCCAUAACUUCGCCCGCUUCAACGGCGCUAUCAUUGGCCAAGGCGGUCCUACAGAUUCCCAGUUCGCUGAUCUCUGGGUCGAGUUGGCCACCAAGUACAAAGAUAACAGCAAAGUCAUCUUCGGACUCAUGAACGAGCCUCACGGUCUAGAUGUGCCCACGUGGGCGAAGACGGUGCAAACAGUAGUUACGGCUAUCAGAACUGCUGGCGCUACAUCUCAGAUGAUCUUGCUUCCGGGAUCGGAUUUUGCGAGUGCCGGACAGUUUGUGCGUAGCGGGAGCGCAGACGCUUUGAUCAAAGUGACGAAUCCCGACAGGAGUACCGAUGGGUUGAUUUUUGAUCUGCAUGGACAUCUGGAUCAGGAUAAUUCCGGGGCCCUCGCUGAGUGUACCACUGAUAAUGUGGCUGAUGGUUUUGCGAUCGCGGCCGACUUUCUGAGGCAGAAUAGACGGCAGGCGCUGGUUAGCGAGACUAGAGCUGGAAGUGCCGAGUCCUGCGUCACCAAUCUUUGCGCGCAAAACAAAUUCCUCAACGAAAAUUCCGACGUCUUCUUAGGCUACAUCGCAUGGGCCGCAGGAGCUCUCCCCGCGUCCGACAUUUCGAGUCUCACGCCUCUAAAGCCGAACGGGAAAUACGUAGAUAACGAACUCGUGUCCCAGUGCGUAGUCGCACCCUGGGGGCAUGCGGGAAUGGCAACACCCCGCUCACCCAACGCUGCCGUAGCACCACCAAGCACUCCCAGCUCUCCAAAAUCUACGGAGCCAACUUCCACGAAUGCUGCCGUAGCAAUCGUCGCAGACACAUACUCCCCAUCAGCCAUAAACUCUACGGAAACACCAGAAGAUGCGUUAAUAGGCACGUUCGUACGCACGUACUCGAAAGUCGAGACAACAGCAAUCCCGACCAGCAUCUUGGCCGCCGGCGGGACUGCACCGCCGUUGAUGUCUAGCCAGACGGGCACGAGAACGAGCCCUCCAUCCACGCCACCCGUGGCUACUGGCGGAGCCGCGACGAGGAAAUGCGCGGGGUGGUUGUUUGUGGGGAGUCUGUUGGUUGCGUUGACCAUUGGUUGA